UGCCCAGAAUUAGCGACACCCCUGGUCAAAACAGUUUGGCGUAGCCCACAGUAAAACACGUUAAAUAAAUGCGUCUGUACCCUUAAUGUGAGAGUGUGCAUCAUCUGCUCGGGAAAUCGAUCAGCAUUUUUAAUUCAAACCACGUGUUUUCCCGGACAAAGUAAAAGGUGCAAAGGGUUAAAGAUCAUCUCCAGUAUUUGCAUCGCGACGCGGGCAGCAGCGCUGGCUCGCUCCGAUAUUUCAACUCGCUGUGGAUUGUGGGAGUCGACACUGCCCAGGCUUGUUCCCGGAGAACCGGAGACAUUUUUUCCCCCGCUGUGUUUUAGCCCGACGGUGGUACCGGUCUCAACACCAUGUCCAGCCGAGGAGGAAAGAAGAAGAUGACCAAGACGUCGCGGUCGACCAAGGCCGGGGUCAUCUUCCCUGUAGGACGCAUGCUGAGAUACAUCAAGAGGGGUCUGCCAAAAUAUCGCAUUGGGGUGGGAGCGCCUGUCUACCUGGCGGCUGUCCUCGAGUAUCUUACAGCUGAGAUCUUGGAGUUGGCAGGUAAUGCAGCCAGAGACAACAAGAAGGGUCGCGUCACACCACGACACAUCCUGCUGGCCAUCGCCAACGACGAGGAGUUGAACCAGUUGCUGAAAGGUGUGACCAUCGCAGCAGGUGGAGUCUUGCCCAACAUCCACCCAGAGCUGCUGGCUAAGAAGAGAGGACCAAAGGGAAAACUGGAGAUGCCUCUCUCACCCGCCCCCGAGAAGAAACCCAAGCCAGUCAAGAAAACAGCGAGCAAGAAAACCAGGGGGAAAAAGGGAAGAGCCAAGGCGAAGAAGCAGGGUGAGGUGAGCAAGGCAGCGUCAGCAGACAGCACCACAGAAGGAUCUCCAGUUGACAGCUUCACCGUGCUCUCCACCAAGAGCCUCUUCCUGGGUCAAAAGCUCAACCUUAUUCACAGCGAGGUCAGUAACUUGGCUGGCUUUGACGUGGAGGGGGUCAUCAACCCCACCAAUGCUGAACUUGAACUUAAAGAUGAUCUAGGCUCUGCUCUGGAAAAGAAGGGAGGGAAGGAGUUCACUGAAGCGAUAUCGGAGCUGAAGAAGAAAAACGGCCCUCUGGAGGUGGCUGGUGCUGUGUUGACCUCCGGCUUCGGUCUGCCCGCUAAGUACGUCAUCCACUGCAACAGUCCAGGCUGGGGCUCCGACAAGUGUGAGGAGAUGCUGGACAAGACGGUGAAGAACUGCCUGGCUCUGGCGGAUGAGAAGAAACUCAAGUCUGUGGCUUUCCCCUCCAUCGGUAGCGGGAGGAAUGGUUUCCCGAAGCAGACAGCGGCCCAGCUGAUCCUUAAGGCCAUCUCCACCUACUUUGUGGCCACCAUGUCUUCCACCAUCAAGACCGUCUACUUUGUGCUGUUUGACAGCGAGAGCAUCGGGAUCUAUGUGCAGGAAAUGGCCAAGCUGGAGACGAGCUAAAAGAGUUUGGAGUAGUCUCCUCCUUGUCCCCCCCCCCCCCCCCCCCCCCCCCCUGUUUUUUCCUUCUAGAAAAUAGGAAGGUGUUUACCUGGUGAUUUGUUUUAUUAUCUAGAGAAGAAGAAAAAUAAGAUUCUUUCUAAAAGGCCGGGAACUUGUUUUUGCGUUUAAUUUUUGUAAUUUCUUUCCGAUAUUGUUUUAAAUUUCUUAUUUACUUUAAAUGUAGAAGUGCACUGUUCAUUCUGCCGUCUUUUACAAAUACAAACGGUGCCCGACAAAACAGAUUCAAGUGAAAAGAGUCACUUUAAGAUGGACUUUUCACGGUAUAUACGGUAAAAGAUGUGAUGAGAGAUGGCUACAGUACACCUCAAAUACCAGGCUUCCAGAGAAGUCUGAUGAAUACGGGUUAAUGCAUGUAAUGGCAGUUAAGAUAGUAAAAACAGCUAUUCUCUUUUCCUUUUCAUCCCAAAAACACAAAACAAUUAAUUGAAGUGUAUUUUUAUUUUUAUUUUGGUUGAUCAUCUUCGUUGUUAACAGUACUGUAUAAUGAAAAGGUAUCUUUGCUCUACUUUGGUCUUCAGGAGACGAUUAUAACAGAAUGAGUUUUUGUGUUGUGUGUUGCAAAUUCCUGUGUUUGCCUUUCUUUGCCUUUCUUUACACAGGCAAGAAAUUAGUUUCCUUGUGUGCUGCAGAGACCUUGAAUUUCCAAAAAUACUACUAAGUUGAAAAAAAACAAAGCCCAGUUAAUUGACGCCUGUAUAUUGUAAUAAUCAUCAUGGUACCAGCGUCACUCAUUUCUACUGUAAACUGAAUACCCGUUGGUCAUUUACAGUAAAAAAUAAAUCAUUUUAUGACAUAAAAUGGUAGAAUUGGAGGUUUUUGCAGGGCACGGAUGGUUUGUAUCGUGUGUUCCUAUCAAUGUUUAUAUAUAGAUGGAGUAUUUGUGAAAUGUUAUAGUAAAAUAUUGGACUGUAACAUAGAUUUUUAUUUUCUAUUUUAAUUGAUUGUAAAAGGCACAUGUGGUUUGGAAGAAGAAGAAGAAAAAACUAGUUAAAUAGUUGCUUUUUGUGUGUUCUUGUCUUUGUUAAGCCAUAAAACAAAUGUACUCUGGAAACAGAAGCUCUCUGCUGUUGCUUUUGCUUUGCUCUUUCAUUCAGCCGCCACUAGAUGGCUCCCUGUAAUCAAGAAUUGGAUUUUUCAUCUCAGCCAUUUUCUGUGCAGCAGCAGGCCUCUUCACACAGAUGCUGUUUGAUUUGAGUUUGAUUUGAAUUGGGAUUGA